UUUUCACUGUGGGGCCUGUGAACCCAAGUCACAGGUGGAUGUACAGGUGCUAUGGUGCAUUCUCAGGUUCUCCUUGUGUGUGGUCUUCCUCUAGCAACGUCCUGGAGCUCCUGAUCUCAGGGGCUCCCUCUACUGUCACCCCAUCAGUGCAGACCCCAAAUGCCACAAGUGGCACUCAAUGCCCAGAUUACACAGUGGAGAAUCUCAUCCGCAUAGGUCUGUCUGCCUUGGUCCUGGUGGUGCUAGGGGUGUUGGUGUAUCAAGAGUGGCACAGUCGAAGAGGGUUCUCACAGGUGAACUGAAGAUGAAGCACACACAUGCCUCAGGAUUUGCAACAGAGACUUAGAUCAAAAUCACACAUGCAAGGUAUGAUGACAAUGAAGGUUCAGAAAGUUGGAGCCACAAACAGUGUGAACUCGGUGCUGAGGACCUAAACAAUUGAUACAGUGUGAUUACUGCUGGAGGUAAUGACAGGGGCUGCAGUUGCUCCUUGGGGAAGGCUCCUCCAUCAUGAACAUUGCCCAUGCCUUGCUAUCUCCUCAGUUUUUGGCUUCUCUCAUUCCACCAUCUCAAUAACGCAAUGCUACAUCCACAUGAGGAGAUUGUGCCCACUAUUUCACUCUGUCUCAUGCUCUAUUCCUACACUGUGUUGUGAAUAUCUUGUUUAUGAUACCCACAUUCCCUGGUGUGAGUUGCUCUUUGCCUCCCCUUCUAAGUGCAGAGACUCAGGUAACAUGGUUGAGUAAUUAAGCCAAUGGACUAAAAUGUACGUCCAGCUUGGAAGGUGCAAGCUCAGAAUGUUAUCCCAGCACCGUGUCUGGAUUCUGCAAGCUCCUUUCUCUUCACCAGGUGCUUCCUAUGUGGCUUCUCCUGCAACAUCUGUACUUGGAGUCCACACUCUCCUGCAUGGCCCCAUGCAAGUGGCAGCUUAUCUGUGAGCCUCUCGUGUCUCCUGUGUGACUGGUAGGGUUGAUGGCUCCUUCAGG